CUGAUAACCACACUCGCUUGAACGUAUCAGUAAAUACCAACCCAAAAUGGUAAAUACCAUUUUCAUUUGGUUAUCCGCUUGAAUUUGAUUUAUGUGUAGUGUAUCGUGAAGAGAUUCUGGAGUAAAAGGAGAGUUGCUACGCGUGGAAAUGCGUAUUUUCGUCAAUUAUCUUAUAUUUCUUUAAUAUGGCAACGUCUCGUAUGCAAAUAUCCCUUCCAUUCUGCAAAUUAAAUGUGAUGUUGCAUCUGUGUUGUUGUUGUAUGUUGUAUUGUUUUGUGGUGACAACACUGACAACAACUUAACAUUUUUUUUGUUAGAUAAGCGAAACAUUGUUUUUCUGUUAAUUUACGGCAAUGGCACCAAUAGUUCAUCGCAUUGAUUGUGUCUGUUUGUAAAAUGAUACUUUGCUGCUGCAGGGAUGUCUGAGCAUAGCCUUAACGAUUAUACAAGUGAUCCAGAAAGCUCUGAAGAUGAAAUAGAACCAAAAUUAAAGUACGUCCGAUUAUCCAAUGAUUUAAAAAGUAUCUUCCACAAAUCUUCUGCAACAUGCAUAGCUGUACAUCCAAAGUUCAUUUGCCUGGGAUCUCAUUGUGGUUACAUCCAUAUAUUGGAUCACCAGGGCAACAGUAUUCAAGGCAAACAAUUGAAGGCACAUACUGUCAGCAUCAACCAUAUUUCAAUAGAUGCUAAUGGAGAAUUUAUAGCAACAUGUUCAGAUGAUGGUCGGGUAUUUGUACAUAGCUUGUUCUCCAAGGAAAAUAACUUAACCCUCAACCUGGGAAGGUUAGUCAAAACAAUUGCCCUUGAUCCCUGUUAUUACAAGGGCGGAGCUAAUAGAAGAUUCAUUACAGGUGACAACAACUUGACAUUGUACGAACGCACAUUUCUGGGUAACUUAAAGCCAGUAGUUCUGUGUGAAAGUGAAGGGUUGGUGCGUAGUAUGUGCUGGACAUCUAAUGGAAACUUUUUGGCGUGGUCAAGCAACGUAGGAGUGCGAGUUUAUGACAUCAAUUCUAGAUGCUCCUUGGGACUCAUCAAGUGGGAAGAACAUUCUGGGAUGUCGACAGAAAGGUUUAGGUGCAAUUUGAGGUGGGCUGAUGAGAAAACUCUUUUAAUUGGCUGGGUGGAUACUGUGAGGGUUUGUAUUAUAAGAAAAAGAAGUGCUAUUGAGCUGGCAAACAGAGAUUUACCAGAAUAUUUAGUAGACCCUGUGUCAACUGUCCAGACUGAGUUUUUCAUCAGCGGCAUCGCACCUUUAGAUCAGCAAUUAGUUUUAUUGGGCAUACCCAAAGUCCCUGAAGCUGAGGAUUCUCAAUCGCCCCGACCCCAACUCUACAUAGUGGAAUAUAGGGACAAUGAUUGUGUUGAUGUGUGUGCUGACAGUUUGUCUUUACGUGACUACCAGGAAUAUGGUGUUAAUGACUAUCAUCUGGAUGUGCUGCUAGGCGAAAACCAGUUCUUUGUUGUUGCACCCAAGGAUGUAGUUGUGGCCAGUCCGUAUGAUCUCGAUGACAGAAUACAGUGGCUUAUAGAGCAUAGUAAGUUUGAAGAUGCGCUAGAUAUUCUAAGACGUAGCGAGAAUGGCAAUGGCAGUAAUGUAGGAAACACAGUACCCCAAAGACAUACAGUCCAGACUGUGGGUAUUGAAUACCUGGACCAUUUGCUCCGGGAAGGACAAUACGACGAGGCGGGACGGUUAUGUCUAAGGAUUUUUGAGAAGGACGCCCAGUUGUGGGAAGAUCAGAUAUACAAGUUUGCCAGCGUGCAUAGGCUCAGGUCUGUCAGUCCAUACAUUCCCCGUACUUCUGAUUGCAAGCUCAACCCACACAUCUACGAGAUGAUAUUGUAUGAAUAUCUGAAACUAGACGCUCAAGGCUUUCUGGAUCUGGUGAAAGAAUGGGACCCCGCCCUUUAUAAUGUAUGCGCUGUGAUAAAUGCCGUUUUAGAGCAUCUCCUCAAUUGUGAGGUCAAUAAGAAUCUAUACGUUGAGGCGCUCGCUAUAUUGUAUAGCUACGAGAAGAUGUAUGAUAAGAGUCUCUCUAUGUACCUCAAAUUAAAGCAUAAGGAUGUGUUUACGCUUAUAGAAAAACACAACUUGUAUAGUGUGAUAGAAGAUAUGCUGACGACAUUCAUGGAUUUGGAUUAUAAAAAAACAAUAGCUUUACUUUUAGACAAACAACCCAUUCCUUCUGGAAUUGUAGUUGAGAAGCUGAAGUCAAAUAAACUACACUUAUAUAGGUUUUUGGAUGAAUAUGACAAAAAGAAUAUCAAAGGUAAAUACCAUAGAGAACUUAUUUCAUUAUAUGCCAUAUUUGACAGAGAAAAUAAACUGUUACCAUUUCUGAAAAAAUCCGAACACUAUCCGAUCCAAGAAGCCUUGAACAUAUGUCAAAAAGAGAAAUACUAUCCAGAAAUGGUGUACCUGUUAGGUAGAAUGGGAGAUACCAAAGAAGCUUUAGAGUUGAUAAUAAACGAACUCAAAGACAUGCAGCACGCAAUAUCGUUCUGUCAAGAGCAUGAUGACCAAGACUUGUGGGAAGAUCUCAUUAACAAUUGUGUUGACAAACCAGCUUCAUACCCAGAGAAACUGUCGCGAGUUUUUCAUAUCUGAUCACGAGGGGCUGGCAGUGGAAUGAAGUGCCUUUAAUUCUGCUGCACCGACAUCACACUCGACGGGCCAAAACAGAGAAAUCAGGAUAGCAGAACAGGCAUGGAAAGAACACCACAGACAUCAUCAGCAGCAUCAAGACGCUAGGUUAAUAUAACCACUACAGACAUCCCGAAGAAGACGACAUAAUCACCGACCAGCCACAUCACUCAGGACUCGUCAUCAUAUAGGACGUCAGCCAUAAUAGUACAAAUUGCCGCCAGGAAGAUCUAUGCCAGUUCACCUGAAGACAUUAUGAUCUCAAAAUUGAAUAGACAAUGGAAGUCCGAAAAAAAUUGUUGAAACAUCUACUUCUGAUACAAUCAAAUUAUUGAAUGCAACAGAUAACCGAUUUGUUUCAACCAAGGAAAGUAAGAAUCUAGCCGGGAUCGAACCGAUUCUGACUUGUUGGUUGCUAAAGAACUGUUGGAGGCUGCUAACUGUCCGAUUGAAAAUUCAAGCCUAAAAGUAACAAGAAUGGGGAAAUAUAUAGAGAACAAAUGCAGACCCGUUGGUGAUGGAGAGAUUGUUCUUACCGUUAUCAGGAAAGCAGAGUUUGUAACAUUUUUGUUACAAAGCAUAGGAACAUAUGUCGAUCCCACCGUACUAGUCUGUAAAAUCAAACCUGAUUUAGAAGUACCAGGGUUGAAGAAUUCAUUGGUGAAGAUGCUCAAUCAAUAUAAUCUACAGGUAUCUGUUCAAGAGGGAUGUAAGAAAAUUCUGAUGGCUGACUACUUCAGUCUCCAAAAGAAACUUGUAAGGGUACAUCAGAAAGGGUUUUCAGUAUAUGAGGAAGUCUUGUGUGGUGCUUGUCAUCGGAAACUUAUUGACAAGGGCUAUUAAGUAAUAUUCUUCUACUAGCGCAAAAUAUUCAUGAAUUCGAAAUGCAAGAAGUAGUACUUUGAUUCAUCAGAAGCAAUUGAUUGACUUGUGAUUUAAGAAAAUGAAACCAAUGAUCCUUCGAGAGCAACUGGCAUUAUGGUGUUUAACUGUAAACACAGUUUUCAUAUGCAGUGCCUCCCUGACAACACUCAGCUUUGCGGUAUUUGUUAUGCCUUAGAACAAAAGCCAAUAUGAGAGCGUUCCAGUGUGUCACAAAAUAUUUUGUAAAGUCAAGGUUAACAAAUUGACAAAUUAUUAUCGGUGAUUAAUUGCAAUUUAAUGAAAAUCCUGUUUAAUAAGAUGUGUUAUUGAUAUCCUAAACAGCACAAUAAAAUCAACACACAAAAUAUUGCUUUGAGAGCCAUUUCCUGUAAGAGGUUAUAUGGAAAAUAUAAAACAUACCUAUGUAUAAUCACUAUAAUCACGUAUUGAAAGAGUUUAUUAGAAUGCCUACGUUAUCUCCAUCAAUACUUUCUCCUGAAUAAACUGACAAGUGAAACUCAUUUAAAUUAAUUUCUGAGUAUGAAACACGACUAUCAGGCAACUCACAACCGGACACCAUAUACGAUUAUACAUUGAUAUUAUAAAAAAUAGAAUCUCAAAACCACAAUACACAAAUCAGGUUGAAAUUGUGCACUUUCAUUUUGUGGCAUCAUUUAUUUACUCUUACGAUGAUAUUCUAUAUUCUCGUACUUUAAACUCAUAUAUAUCCUUAAAUUCUCCCUCGAAAGGUUAGCUGUUUGCAUAACAUAAAACAGUGAGUUUUCAACAGCUAUUCCUGUAUGUCUCAGUGAAUAGAUACUUUUUUGUUGCAAAAGCUGUGAGGAAUUUUUUAUUAUGGUAUCGUUAGAACACCACUUUAUAGCUGAAAAUGGCGCAACUAUAGGUCGAGACAUCAGCGAUUUAAAGUAUCGAUCAUUUUAUUUACCACACCGUAUCAACAAUUUACGAGAAUUUAAACGAUGGAGUUACAUGUAAUGAGAUUUUCGCUUAUAGGUAUAGAUAUUAGCUAAAUAAACCACCCAAAUGUAUAAAGGCUACUUUACUCUCAUUUUUUCUAGAGAUAGAAUUUUUUACAAAAUAUUCGCUUUUUUGUCAAAUACUCUGUUUUAUUAUCAAGCUUUAACCCCUUGUCCUUCAAAAACCAUCAACUUUUACAACAUUCCAUAGACCUUUUGUGUAAAAAAUUUUAUUCUGUACAAAAAAAGCUAUAAUACAAGAUAGAUCAUUUGUUUCUCUACAUUAAAAUUUUUAUAUAUCUAGUUAAUCAAAAUGACAUAUAAAGCUUCGGCCGUUUAGCUAUGUCAAUUUGAAAUUAUUACAAGCUAUAUUCUAGCGAUAUCAAUAAACACGUUUCUGCCAUACUUUGUGUUUCCAACCAUCCUAUUCCCUGGCCUAGUAAUAGCACGCAAAGACGAUACAUAUUUCCUACGUGAUGAGCAGGAGACUAUUCAACUUUGUACUCAUAUCUCUAUUUCAGCUCAAAUAUAAAAAAGCGAUCCAUAUUAAAAAUACAUAGCGGUAUCACUG